AGAUAUCUGAUUCCUGUCUAUUUCAACAGUCCGAGAAAUAGAAGAAGAGAGAUGUCGGCCGCUGCACUAUCGUCUCAGUUGAGGACAUGUUUGGUCACAACUCUUGCGCCCGAGACCGAGCCGACGCUGCACACGCGCCUGGGCUCGGCCGCGCUCUGCCUUAGUUCGCAUGCCAUCAUCAGCUCCUCAGAUCCUCAGAUCCUGCACCGCGUCCGCGUCCGACUGUCGGCUAUGCUGCAGUCGUCAAAGUCUGAUGUCAGGCGGUCUGGUGCGGAGUUGGUUAACGCGCUUAUUGGAGUCGAGUGGGAGUCUAUGAAUAGCCAUGGACUGACUUGGAUGAAGUUGCUCGUCUCGAUUUUGGAGAAACGAGUGGACGGAUAUGAUACUCUAGAAGCAGUUGUUGGAGCUAUACGCAAAAUCCUUUCACGGAUAAAAGACAAGCCCACGCUGAUCCGCGAGAUCGCGACCCCCCAUAUCCCAGCAUACGCCUCGGCGCUACUAUCGCUUGCCUCUCCCGAGCACGACAUUCUCACAAAGCGCGCGCUGCUUAUUGCCUUACCUGCAUUUUUGGAUCUCAUUCGAAAUUUCUCAAACACGUUCCGUCCGUUUGUGAGUAAGGUGAUGAACAACAUCGUGUACCCGACGCUCAACUCGAGCGCAUGGACGCAGACUCCUGUUGAUCUGCAGAUCGAAAGUCUGUGCGGGAGCAUCUACGCCUCGAUAUAUCUCACCGCUCCCAAAGACCAACUUCGCGAGUGGCAGAUCUCAAUUUUGAAGAUCGUGGACGAGGCUCAUAAGACUAUAUCGCAAACAUUCGGAAUAGUACAGCAGGAUGCGAAGUACUCAGAGUCUGCCUCAGGGUGGGAAAUGACCGUCGACAUCCGCGACACUUAUACGGGAGUCUUGCGUCUUGAGAUGCUCUUCCGUCUGCUACAAACCGUCUUGACCACCGAAACAAAGGGGCCAGUACAAGUCCCGCUUUCAAAGAUCAUUGAUCUGGCAGAUCGUCUGCUUGAUAUGGAAAUUGACUUGAUCGAGUUCAAAGACACUUCAGAGAGACAGGACCGGGAUUUCAUCUUGACUGUUCUUCCUGUGGUUCAUGGGAAUGCGUAUAACCUUCUCAAUACUACUGCGCAUGCAGUCGGUCAGGCAAUGUUGCCAUAUACGGAAAAGGUGUUUUCUCACCUACGAUCGGUAAAACUAGUGCCCAGCAGCCUCUUUGCGAUCCCCAUAUUCGAAUUUGUCACGAACUUCACAACCCUGAUGCGCUUCGUGCCCGACGACUUUACGCAAGAGUUAACCCACAUCAUCGAGCUCGCUCUCACCAGUCUCGAGCCAAUCAACGAAUCCUCGACCCUUGCAGAUUUCUUCAGCCACCCGUCCGCGUUCGUGACACAGCCACCGUCUGAGCUCCGACUGCCAGUUUUGAGACUACUGCAUGCGGUCGUGAAUGCUAUGCCUGGAUUACCUGCCACAACGCGGUCUCGAAUUGACCGGUUUGCGCUGAUGAUGCUGAAUACUCCGUCGUCAGCUACUGAGGAAGAACGUUUGCUUCUCGCGACAGUGCUGCAGCCUGGUAAUAACAUCAGAUGGAGCAUCCUACCUAUGGUAUCCCGGAAGAUUCCCGAAAGCGAAGCUCUCGGGGCGCUGAUUCACCCGCGCUUCCCGCCUAUGCCGAAGCGGAAGGAGGAGAUUGAGGCGACGGCAUCAGUGGAGGCGCUUAAGUCGCUCAAAGCUCAAGCUGUCAAGGAGGAAGGAAGUGAUGCAGAGUCAGGGGAUGAGGAGAUGGCUGAUGACGAAGACGACGAGAGCCGUGUCAAGCUCGAGGAGUUGGUUGUGAAGCCGGGGACACAAUCUGCUGCAGAAACAGCUGAGCCAACUACCUCUGCUUCUGCCGCGCCCUCUGUGUCUUCUAUCCUCAAGCACAUUCCUGAUUCAAGUGAUAAGGUGCUGCAGACAAGUUCUGCCCCGGCUCCAGUACCAAAAGAGCAUAUUUCCAGUUCUGAAGAACCUCAGACGAGCUCGUUGCCAAUCUCGCAGCAGCUGGGUGCACAGAAGCGGGCGGCGGAGGAUGAUGCCGCUGCCGAUAGCUCUCCUAAGAGACCACGAUCAGAUGACGAGGGUGCAGUAUCUACCCCGGUCGCAGCGACUACCACAAAGACCACUGUGGGGACGAUUCCAGUUGCUGAGGAGGAAGAUGAGGGCGAUGAGGAUGAAGAUUUCGAGAUGCCAGAGUUGAAUACUGAGUUGUCGUCUGAUGACGAGGAGUAG